AUGGUGCCUCCAGCAUACCCUGCACCAGUGACGGCUAGCAUGGCGGCAGCGGCCAAGCAGCCUCGCAAGGCGGUUCAGUCAAAUUACCACCAGAGCACGAGUCAGCAGCAUGCAGCGGAGGACGAACAGAUGUCCUUGAAGGACCUGUUGCAGCAGCUGCAUGUCGUGGUGGAGGACUUGGCAGUCUUGGAUAGCUCUCUUACUGCUCUUUUUGAAACUGCGCCAAACACGGACGUAACGGAGCAUCAGCAGUUAGUCCAGUUCCGGAGUCGUGUGGCGCGUCGCAUAAGUCGCUAUGGGCAGCUGUCAAAGAACUUGGCCCAAAUUGUGGAAAAGAUAAUUUCCUGCAAUUCAUCUCAGCCCCUGGACGCUUCUCGUCAUCGAGAAUCCUUUCACCCCAGGCAGCUUCACGAGCUUGAUGCCCUGCUCAAGCAGCACCAGCAACGCCUGCAAAAGUACAAGUCACAGUUUGCUGCCUGGUGGCAGAACACAGAACGCCACUUCCACACGAUGCGGAUGGCGAAUUAUGUAUGUUCGGUCCAGGAGAGGUCACAGACUGCACUUGGGGUCUCUGCACGUGAAGGACCUUCUGCGGGACCCUCUCGCAGUGGAGGCCCGCGUGUGGAGCCUGUAAGAGCCAAGGCGACAGCUGGGGAGCAGCUGGCGUUUGCUCCUGUGCCCCCUAAGUCCCAAGAUGGUGCGGUGAAGCCAGGAGGCGUGCACAGAGUCUCCCAACCCGUGUCACACAACCAGCAGCUACUGCAAGAGACUGGACAAGCAAUGGUGAAGGAAGUGCAGCGCAUGCAAGCUACAGAAGAGCAGCUGCAGCAGUCGUCUAGUGCCUUGGAACAAACGGAGUCGUCCUACAACGUCUUUGGCGCGCGACUCUCAAGCGCGACAGGGAUGCUGCAGGCUUUGAAGAAGAGGUACACAAUUCCUUGGAUGCCCAGCGCAGCUUCAGGGUACCAGGGAGAAAAAGCAGAGAGCAGCAGAUGGCAUCCAGGCACAAAACAAUAUAUUGACGUCAAAAAGAAGACUGAAUACGUGUCUGUUGGAGGCCAUGAGCUGCCUGCACUACUUCGUGUUCUUUGUUUCAUCCUUGUGCUGAUUUUUACGUCUGCGUCUGAUUCAGAGCUUAUUUGGUUCGCGUUCCUCUUCUUCCUGGGGUGCUGCGCAUUCGUCCUGCUGAGACGUUUGGGGCUAUUGAAGCUUGUUUUGCGUGUGGCUUUUUUUUCGCUCCGGCAUUCUGUAUCUCUGGCUCUCUGGACUGCAGAUCGGAUCACAUUGGCCGUGGAGUGGGUGUGGGAAAAGCUGCUUGGGGGGUAUAACGAGUCUGACGAGCUCUUGGGGUCUUCGGAUUUCGAUAACUUGAGCAUCAUUUCCCAGCCUUCACCUAUUACUUCCCCAGCUGUGUCAAAGCUGCUUGCUACUUCCGCCGCAAGCGCCAUUGCAGCACCCUCCACACGGUCCAAACUCAACCCGACUCACGGUGCAGCUAGCAACCAGAGCCUUACUCUACCAGAAAUGCACGACGAGAGAGAAUGGAUCCUGCAGUCACACUGGGGGAAGAGGAGCCAAUGA